AAGCGGGCCCAAAACGGGCGACCGAGAUCGGUCAAACUGUCGUUGAAUUCGGUUCUUCGGGAUCAAUAUCGCGCGAAUUUUGUGGCACAAGUCAACAAUUGGUGCCACACAGCCACCGUCAUCACCUUUUUGGCGUCAUUGUUGUUUCUCUUCGGGAACAACCGAGCAUUCGACGACGAUAACCACGACUUUUUCAGAGGCAAUUGAUCGAAGAAUGUUUUAAUUCGAUUUUGAAUGAGAACCGACACAUCGGGCACACCGAAAAUUUCUUCUGUCAUUAGACUCGUCUGUCAAAAGGCGUCUUACCAUUCAUUGUAACUAAUGCAGCGAGUGUAGCACCAAGGAAAAAAAUAUUUCUAGCACAUUAAUUAUAAACAAUGGAUUCGUCAAAUUCGACUGAUCAAGGUUUCGCGGGAUCUUCUUCAUAUUCGGGCACACCAGCAAAGAGGCCUCGGAAUGAGUCACCGCCACCCGGCAUCGGAAGAUCAACGUUUGAUUUGCAUUACAAAAACGGUGAUCUUUUCGCGACAAUUGGGUUGGCAGCUGUGAAAGCAACUCUAUCGUCCGAAAUUGAGCGAAAUGUCAACAAAUUGAACCGUUUCUUAAUUGCUGUAAAUUUGGCGACAGAAGUGUUGGAGAAAAUUCGUGGUUUGAUUAAGGAAAUGGAAAGAGCAGAUGAUGGGUCGGUUGGUACGGAAACGUAUGAAAGUCCAACGCAACUUCAAAAUGCUAAGUUUCCACCAAGCAAGCAAAGCAAGAAAAGCAAGCACACACGGACAUCGUCUAGCGCAAUUUUCAUAGCAGCUUUUCUCAGGAGCAUUGGCCAAUUCUUGGGUGUUGCAAUGAACGAAAUCACUGUUUGUGCAAAGGCACGUCCAGCCGAAUCAGUUGAUCCAGCAAAAAAGGAGAGAUUGAAGCGUUUGUCAAGUCACACCGAAGUUUAUUUGGAUAAUGCAAUGUUUAAACGUCAAAGGAUUGAGAAGGCAAUAGCACAAAUCGACCCAAAUUACAAACCAAAACCAAAUUUAGUGCAAUCGGACACCGAAAACGCGAUUAUCAAAAUGGUGCGUGAAAAGCCAAGCACUUUGGAGCCUAUUAUAAUUGCUCUCAAAGCGAACGGAUACCUACCAGAAAACUAAAAACCAUGAUAAGACUUUUGAAUUCCAAUUUUAAUGCCAGUUAAUGCGAAAUGAUUGAGUUUUAACGAGGCUGGACUUUAUUCUUGUACCAUUUUAGUUUUUUGCGUCUGGCUCCAACAUUAAACACUCAAGUUUGUAAAGUAUUAAAAUAGAUAAGCAUAAGCUGCAUUGCCGAAUAAUAUCGCAUGCAAAUCUUACGAAAAAAAAGUACAAAUUGAAUUUGAAUUAACUGAUUAGAUUUAAUUAAAACUUCAAACGUUUCAUGCUGUGAUGCUAUAAAAUCAAAAAUAAAAGCAAGGUCAACUAGUGUCAUUGUUUAAGCUAUAAAUCGGUAAUAAACAAACAUCGGUUUUCCAUGAUACAAAGUGCUACUCGUUUUUUUCUUCUGUUUUUCAUGGUACAGACUGUGGACAUUGAUUGAAGAAAUUGUUAACGUUCAAUUAAACUUUUGCCUCGUAUUGGCGUACAUCAUUGGGUAUAACGAUUCUUAGUAAUAGUCAAAUGGAAGCCAAAUCAAAAUCACACAAAGACAACACUUUGUCAGGCAUAUUACGAGUUGUGUGUGGAUAUUUUUUUCCGUCGUCGUCGUCGUAGUCGUCGGUUUGUUGCUGUAUGUCUUUCGGUAUUUUUACGUUCUACAAAAUUAUUGCGCAUGAGUUUGCUACAACAUGGGAUUGGUUCCCAUUCUUUUAUUUUAUUGUAUUGUGGUUGCUUUUCAUUUUGGUCGGUGUAUGUUUUUUCUUCGCAAUGCAUUGAGUCCCUAUGCACACAUUUUUCGUGUUUAGCAGAGGGAGGGAAAGAGAGAUCGAGUGAUUCGUGCUGCAUACAUAGCAGCACAUGGAUGUGAUGUCUCCACAAUGCUACUGACGCAAAGCAUCGAACGAAUUCACGAACAAAUGCAAAAUAUGCAAUGGGCUUUGAUCGCAAAAUGCGCUCACACUGACAAACGGCCUUUCGCGAACACACUCUCAUUCAGCCAGAUAAUGCAUUUGUGAUUGUGUAUUUCGCCCUCGUACAUUCACUACCAUCGGUUCACUACCACACAUGACAUCAUACACAAGAACGGCGCGUACGAGCGCCUUGGCACAACAAUAAUGUAGCCCGCGUGCGAGAGACCAACCAACCGACCGACCAGCGCAGCAACAAAACAAAGCUUACAACAAAAUUUCAAAAUAUAUUCGCAUCGAAAGUUUUUCCAUUCAUUUUCGUCAUUCGCGAUUCCGUUUUUAUUUACAAUUUUCGCUUAUCUUAUCAAUUUGACGGGGGCAUAAAAAUAGUCAUGACAGAAACAUUCUCAGAUUGUGAUGAGUCUGGACCAAUAUGCGAAAUGCAUUUAUCGCUUGGAAAAUUUGCGUUUCAACAAUGCGCGCAUAGCAACGCGAUUCAGGGCGAUUUUUCGCUGCAAGAGUCUCUCUCUCUCUCACUCACAUACAUACACGGGCCGAGCGAAAAAAAAGAAAACCAUUCGUUGCGUUCAUUUUUGUGGCACUGGUACUGUUGUUAUUGCUGCUGCUGUUUGCAUGGUUUUGGUUUCACAGGUUCAUGACAAACAUAGUGCGGUAGCAAGCAACAAAUAUUUUUUUUUUCUUCUGAUUUCAAAAUGCAAACACGCAUACACACACGUGUGCAUUCGAGUGUGUGUGUGAGUGAGUGUAGACGGGUGUAAAAAAAAAGUCGCGAAGCACACGCAUAAUAAUGUUGUUGUCAUAGUUGCCACCACAUGAGGCUCAUAUCGCUAUCUGAAUCUAUUUUUCACAGGAAAGACCAGAAUUUUUAUAUAUAAAAAUACACUUAUAGCUACACGGUGAUGUCAAUAGUGUCGAAAAAGAAGAGGAGGACACACAGAAAAGAAUAUCAUCGUGCUUAUACACAUAUAUCGAAACGAGUCUCGGUUCGGCGAAUCGUUGUGAGUCAGCCAGCACCGUGUGUGUAUGAGUGUGAUAUCUUUUUUUUUUCUCUCGUUCGAUUCAAACAGCGGCAACAGUACACACAACAAUUGCAUCACACACAGAGAGCGCCCCGAAAACGCUCACACAACCUUAUACAGUUUCGAUAAAAACGGACUCACUAUGCACUAGACAUAGGCUACCCAUGUCAAAUGUGAAAAAUGCCAAGAAACCCCAUCCGAAUGGCUUGACGCCGUACACUUGAUCUGGCCGUUGUUGUUGUUGAUGAUUUUUUUUUUCAUAUCACAGCUCUCCGGAUUUGAAUUGAGUAACAGCGAAUAUUGUGUAUAAACGUACUUUUUUUUUGGUUCGCUUCGAGGAAUCGUGAUUUAGGAGCUCAACGGAUGCCGUUGACAUGGGUAGCCUAGUACCUAAA